GUCUUGCAGUUCUCCACUGUGUGGUGGCAGAUGGGAACACAACCAGAACACCUGAAACCAAUAGCUCUCUCUGUGGAGUUUCUGGGGAAAACUGCACAGUUACAACCCCUAGACAGAAACUGAAAAUCCACUUCUCUCGGUGCCCCAAGCAAUACAAGCAUUACUGCAUCCAUGGGAGAUGCCGCUUCGUGGCUGACGAGCAAACACCCUCCUGCAUCUGUGAGAAAGGCUACUUUGGGGCACGAUGUGAGCGCGUAGACUUGUUUUACCUCCAGCAAGACAGAGGGCAGAUCCUGGUUAUCUGCUUGAUUGCCGUCAUGGUGGUAUUCAUCAUUUUGGUCAUCGGUGUCUGCACCUGCUGUCAUCCUCUUCGGAAACAUCGUAAAAAAAGGAAGGAAGAGAACAGGAAAACUCUGGGUAAAGAUAAAACUCCCAUAAGUGAAGAUAUUCAAGAGACCAAUAUUGCCUAA